UCCAAGCAUGAAGGCGAUUUUGAUUAUUAGCGCCGUGUGCUUGUGCUCGGCUCUAGCCGCGGAUUCCACGAAGGAAUCGCUGGAGAGCAAUUUAAAACCAGUGAAGCGCAGUUUUGCUUUAGGGGAUCAUGCGGAAUACGGUGGCGGUUGGACCGGUGACUUUGGCGGCAGCAGCAGCCAUGGCUGGGGCGAUGAUCAUCAUCACGAUCAUGUCCAUGAGCACGUGAAGACGCAAGUGGUCACUAAGAAAAUCCCAGUGCCAUACACCGUAGAGAAACACGUGCCUUACACGGUUGAGAAGAAAGUACCGUAUGAGGUGAAGGUACCCGUCCCACAACCCUACACCGUCGAGAAGAAAGUGCCGUAUCCAGUAAAGGAAUACAUCAAGGUGCCGUACUUUGUUCCCCAACCAUACGAAGUCAUCAAGAAAGUGCCCUAUGAAGUCAAGGUCGAUGUUCCUCGUCCUUAUGAAGUCAAGGUUCACGUGCCCAAGCCAUACACUGUCGAAAAGAAGGUUCCAUAUGAGGUAAAGGUGCCAGUUCCAGCGCCAUACACCGUUGAGAAGAAGGUACCAUACCCAGUCAAGGUAGAGAUCCCAGUGCCUGCCCCUUACACAGUCGAAAAGAAGGUUCCAUAUGAGGUUAAGGUACCAGUUGAUCGUCCAUACACUGUUCACGUACCAAAACCAUACACCGUCACUGUUGAGAAGCACGUGCCUUACCCAGUCGAGAAGCCAGUACCGUACGAAGUAAAGGUACCCGUCGACAAGCCUUACCCAGUUGAGGUACCAAAGCCGGUCCCGUACGAAGUGAAAGUACCAGUGCCACAGCCGUACACUGUCGAGAAGAAAGUUCCGUACACUGUUGAGAAGCCGGUGCCGUACGAGGUUAAAGUGCCCGUCGACAAACCUUUCCCAGUCAUUAAAGAAGUACCAUAUCCAGUAGAAAAAGAAGUUCCAUAUACUGUCAAGGUUCCAGUACAUGUCCCAGUUCAUCAUGAACACCACGAUCAUCACGAACAUUACGAGCAUCAUGACCAUCAUGAUCAUCACCACGAAGAGGUGCACCAUCACGACGACGGCUGGAAACCAUCUGCAUCCUCUUAUUCCAGCACCUCAAUUCAUCAUCACUAAACUCACCGAGAAACUAAUCAACCCCCAAAUCACUUUUUAGAUACUCACUAAACAAAAUCAAAACGAUUCUUAUGUGCUGUGCUUGUUAAA